UGAAGCGGGAACGCGGGACCUGGGCCCUCGGCGGCUGCAAGCGAGUAGGGGCCGCUCCCAAGAUGCACAGCCUGGCGACGGCCGCGCCUGUGCCUACAGCAUUGGCCCAAGUGGAUAGAGAGAAGAUCUAUCAGUGGAUCAAUGAGCUUUCCAGUCCAGAAACCAGGGAAAAUGCUCUCCUGGAGCUGAGAAAAAAGCGUGAAUCCGUUCCUGACCUUGCCCCAAUGUUGUGGCACUCUUUUGGUACUAUUGCAGCUCUCUUACAGGAAAUUGUAAAUAUUUACCCAUCUAUCAAUCCACCUACCUUGACUGCACAUCAGUCUAACAGAGUUUGCAAUGCUUUGGCACUGUUGCAGUGUGUGGCAUCACACCCAGAAACCAGGUCAGCAUUUCUUGCAGCCCAUAUCCCCCUCUUCUUGUAUCCCUUUUUGCACACGGUCAGCAAGACUCGUCCCUUUGAAUAUCUUCGUCUCACCAGCCUUGGAGUUAUUGGGGCCCUGGUCAAAACACAUGAACAAGAAGUAAUCAACUUCUUAUUGACGACAGAAAUUAUCCCUUUAUGUUUGCGCAUUAUGGAAUCUGGAAGUGAACUUUCCAAAACGGUUGCCACAUUCAUUGUGCAGAAGAUUCUCCUGGAUGACACUGGAUUGGCCUAUAUAUGCCAGACGUAUGAGCGGUUCUCCCAUGUCGCCAUGAUCUUGGGUAAGAUGGUCCUGCCGCUGUCCAAGGAACCUUCUGCCCGUCUGCUGAAGCAUGUGGUCAGAUGUUACCUUCGCCUUUCAGAUAAUCCCAGGGCUCGUGAAGCACUCAGGCAGUGCUUGCCUGACCAGCUGAAAGAUACCACCUUUGCUCAGGUGCUCAAAGAUGACACCACCACCAAGCGCUGGCUCGCACAGCUGGUGAAAAACCUGCAGGAAGGCCAGGUUACCGACCCCCGCGGCAUCCCCCUGCCCCCUCAGUGACCUUCCCUAUUCCCUCCCGCUGUCCCCCAGCCUGGGGAAAAGGGAGGGAGAACCAUCGAGGAAAGCAGCUCAGGUUUUACCGCUGACCUCAACGCCAAACCGCACUGGAGAAAAGGGACAAACCCCACUGAGGCAUAUGGGUGCCAUCCUGGACCACCCUGAAGAUCUGGCCUCAUUCUGCUGCUCCAAGGAAUGGGUUCCCCUCCCAGCACC